AUGAGUUCCACAGUGACGACUCCAACAGUCCAGCGCGGUGCUGCACAGACAUGCCCAGAAUGCCUCUCCUCCGGUCUCGUCCUAUCCGGGAUCGUCUACGGAAUCGUCGCAACACUCUUCUUCGACUGCCUCCGCCUCUUGAUUCAGAAGAAAACCUCUCUUUCCUGCCGGCGCCGGCUGCUCUUCAUCACCUACAUAUCGAUGAUGUUCCUCGCAAGCACGGCAGCUGUGGUUCUAGGCUCCAUCAGCGUUAUACGAUGGCCGCCGGGGGUCGGGAAGAUCUUUUCGCAACACGUCUUUGGACCGUAUGUGUUUGCGCUGUGGGGAGCUGACGGCAUGAUGAUUUGGAGAUGUCUGGUGUUGUAUGCGGACACUCGGCGUAUUUUCUUCCGAAUGCUCCAGUUCGUUCUCGGAGCGCUCGCGUUGGCUUCCUUAGCAUGUGGAGUAUUGUACUUUAUCCUCCCGUUACGAAUGGCGAAUACGGAUUCCCGCGUGCCUAUUUUCCUAGUCGCUCUCCCAGAGUUAACUACGCUUACCAACACCAUCCUCGCAAGCCUGGUCGCAUUUCGCCUCCUUUGGCACCAAAGGCGUACACGACGGGUGCUCGGAGAGACCUACGGGACACCCUACACAAGAAUCGUCAACAUAUGCAUGGAAUCAUGCUUGCUGAUUGUUUUGUUCAACAUUGCGCUAACCGUGCUCUUCUUGAAGGAGUCCGGACCCGCGACGGUGAUAGUGGAGUUGCUUAUCACUCACGUAUCGGUACUUUCUCCUCUAUUCGUGUUCCACCGUGUCGCACAAGGGACAGAUGCGGUCACCAGCAUCCAGACCCAAGAUAUCCGUUUUCAGAUCGAGAAGCCCACAGAUUCAGCAAAUGAAACCAACCAUAGAAUAUCCACUCUUCGCUUUACCACUUCUGGAGGGACGGAGAGCACCGCAUGA